UCUUCGUGUUGUCGCUUUUCGUUCCACACCUGUUGGAAUGGAUUCCCUUAGCCCUUCCUUUUUCUUUCUUUCAAUUUUGUUUUGAUAGACAUGCGAACAGUCAAUCUGCUUGUAUAGGCUAGACUUUUACGUUGUAACUAGAUCUCAUUAUGUAUGUGCCUGCAAACUUGAAUUGUUUACGCUGAUAUUCGUUUAGAAGACCUGGAAACACAAUCUGUUAUUCAGGUGUUGUCGAGGUUGCAUGAUGAUUCGAUACAUGUUGUUUACUUACAGAAGUGGAUAUUUGUCUGUCAGGAAAAACGAGGUUCUGCUGGAUAGGGCGAGAUAAGUGGAAUCUUUAGGCUGAGUUUGCAGGUAAGGAGAACAUAGAUACUGCUGUAGGACUAGGGACAAUGGACAAGCUAAUGCUGGCCAUCUGAUGGCAGCCUGGUUUAUUUUGAGGGCUCGAUGGAGAUGGUCUGUGCCAAGAGGACAGUGGAGGUGAGUUGGCCAAAAGUUUCAGGUCUCUCAAGUUGCUCUUGGGUACAAUCAGUUGGCAUAUACAUAGGCAGUGGACUUCUAAAAUCAUAUUCAGUUCUUCUUCUGGGAACAAUCUCAUGUAACCUUCAGUUUACAAUCGCGCACAAGACGUGCUAUGGCCUCAGAGUAGAAGACCUUCUGAGUGAGCGAUAGGGCGAGAGCUGCAGCUGGUGCUGCACUCAGAAGCAGAACUUUACAUAUGUAGCCCUGCAGCUUGACUAUUGAAACUCUCCAGACGCAGCUUCCGAGGUUUCAACGGAGAGUUUCCAAUCGGUCUGCAGAUUAGUUUGAUUCAGGAUUGAGCACAUAUACUCUACUGCUAUUAUUGUCUACAACAUUUAUGUCUACUUCCUUAGCAGUGACACUGCCGAAGGUGACCAUGAAGCUGCAGGACUCACCUACUCAGCAAACAUGGCGUUUUGUUGAUAUAAAAAUUUCAUGGAAGCACUUUUUGGGUCUUCACGAUCUGAAAUCAUCGGCGGUAUGGCGAGCUUCUUUAAUUGAGAUGGUGUUCAUGGGCUUCUUCGUUUUCGGCAGCAUCAUCAUCUCCAUGGGGAGUCACAUGCAUUUUAGCAGUCCUACAGUGGGCAGUGCCUUCUUCCAUUUCCUGAUGUUAGGAAUUUUCGUUCGAGCUUCCAAUCCCCCGAGCGAUGCACAAAUCAAUCCCACUGUCACCCUUUGUGCCGUGUUAUCUGGACUAUACACACCAGCCAAAGGUCUUCUGUACAUCCUUGCCCAAUCCUUCGGAAGCAUAGUUGGAGCGUUGUGUGCCAAAACUCUUUUGCCGGUAGAAGAAGUCCACAGGAAGCAUCUGGCGGGUUGUGUUUUCAGGAACUCAACUGCAGGACUCAAUAGCCACCAGGCCUUCAUCUCAGAAUUCAUAUUUUCUUUAAUUUUGGUCUACAUGAAUAUCAUGGUUCCGGUGGACCCCAAGCAGUUUCAGUUGAUGGGAUUACAGUUCGCCCCGUUCUACAUUGGGAUGAUAGCAGCAUUGUGCAUCUAUGUGUCUGGCAGUAUAGCUCCUGGGUAUGGAGGUGCUUUCAUGAACCCCGCUCGAUGCAUCGGUCCUGCUGCAGCUUUCGGAGGAGCAGAGCUACUGGACAACCUUUGGAUCUUUUUGUUUGCCCCUGUUCUCGCAGCUGUGGUUGCAGCAGCUCUGUACAGGGGCAUUCCACCGGAUCAUCGAAGGUCCGCCUCAGAAUCUAACGUAGAUGACCAAUAUAGAGGAAAGGGGAAAAGCUUUGGUUACGGGGACGAAGAAGCUGGACUGGCAUUGUCUGCAGAUAGUGGAUCAAAGCAAGUCCAACAUCAUGAGGCCUAGCCAUAGAAACAGUGUGGGGCGUCUCCACUAGAAUUACAAAAAUUCCGUAGUCAAACCGAACAUUACAAUCUACGUAUUUGAUAGACUCUGAAAUGAAAUUUGGUUGUAUGGAAUAGUUUCAUGAGGGCGGAAACACUUCUAAGACGUCAAGGGUUCCACCUGUAACCGUAUAAAUAUAGACUAAAAAUGUGUAAUUUAAUGAUCCAGAUUUUUGUUGCCCGGAAAUAAACAUGUAUUAUUAUU